UACGACGACGCCAGUGAGGCAGCUGCCCCACACACCUCCUCCUCCCUCUCCAUCGCUAGGGUUGCUCUGCUCGGCACCAAUAAGACCCGGCUCCCUCCACCUCGCUCGUGGUUCAUCCCAUCACACGCCAAAGAAAAAGAGAGGAAAAACUGCCCCUCUCGUGUCUUUCGCUGGGCAACUAAGUGGCAAUCCAGCCUGGCGGGCCGGCGCGCGGCGUGAACGAUCGUCUGUGAUCUUGACAUGGCGAUGCGGGUGGAGAACGGGCGCCUCCAUCAAGAGCCCAUCAUGGUGAGGAAGAAAAGAACUGGCCCUGGCAGUUCUGGAGAAACUUCCGGGGAGGCUUCGGGAGCUUCUGGACAAGGUUCACAGCGAGCUGAGAGACAACAUGGGGGAGGACGCAGUUGGGUGCCUCAACAGGGUGGCCGUGGUGGCGGGCAACACCAGGGCCGUGGUGGCCAUUACCAGGGCCGUGGCGGGCCAGGUCCACAUCACCAGGGUGGUGGGCCACCUGAGUAUCACCCACGUGAGUACCAAGGACGUGGUGGUCCAUGCCCCAGAGGAGGCAUGCCACAGCCAUACUAUGGCGGGCAUAGGGGAGGUAGUGCUGAACGAAAUGUUCCUCCAGGUCCAUCCAGAACAGUUCCCGAGCUGCACCAAGCCCCAUAUGUCCAGUAUCAAGCCCCGUUGGUUUCACCAUCCCCAUCGGGACCUGGCUCAUCCUCACAGCCUGUGGCAGAGGUGAGCGCUGGGCAAGUCCAACAACAGUUUCAGCAACUUGCUAUUCGUGGUCAGACUUCCACCAGCCAAGAUAUUCAAGUGGCACCAGCAUCAAGCAAAUCGGUUAGAUUCCCGUUGCGCCCUGGUAAGGGGACUUAUGGGGACAGGUGCAUUGUGAAGGCAAAUCAUUUCUUUGCUGAGCUGCCAGACAAAGACCUUCACCAGUACGAUGUAUCUAUCACGCCUGAGGUUGCUUCACGUGGUGUCAAUCGUGCUGUUAUGGGAGAGCUUGUAAAACUGUAUAGACAAUCCCAUUUGGGUGGGCGUUUACCUGCAUACGAUGGAAGAAAGAGCCUUUAUACAGCCGGACCGUUGCCAUUUGCUUCUAGGACAUUUGAAAUUAACCUGCAAGAUGAGGAAGAUAGUCUUGGCGGUGGCCAAGGCAGGCAAAGGCGCGAGAGAGUAUUUAGGGUGGUGAUCAAAUUUGCUGCCCGUGCUGAUCUCCACCAUCUGGCUAUGUUCCUAGCUGGAAGGCAAGCAGAUGCUCCUCAAGAAGCUCUUCAAGUGCUAGACAUUGUACUACGUGAAUUGCCUACUGCCAGGUAUUCUCCUGUUGGUAGGUCAUUUUAUUCUCCCAACUUAGGGAGGCGCCAGCAACUUGGUGAGGGUUUGGAAAGUUGGCGCGGUUUUUACCAAAGCAUAAGACCUACACAGAUGGGCCUUUCACUGAAUAUUGAUAUGUCCUCUACUGCGUUUUUCGAGCCUCUCCCUGUGAUUGAUUUUGUUGCUCAGCUUCUUAACAGAGAUAUCUCAGUUAGACCAUUGUCUGAUUCUGAUCGUGUGAAGAUAAAAAAAGCCCUGAGAGGUGUGAAGGUUGAGGUCACACACCGAGGAAACAUGCGCAGGAAAUAUCGUAUUUCUGGCCUCACCUCACAAGCAACAAGAGAGCUAUCAUUCCCUGUCGAUGAUCGUGGUACUGUGAAGACUGUGGUGCAAUACUUCCUGGAGACCUAUGGUUUUAGUAUUCAGCACACCACUUUACCUUGCUUGCAAGUGGGCAAUCAGCAAAGACCAAAUUAUCUGCCUAUGGAGGUCUGUAAGAUAGUUGAAGGACAGCGUUACUCAAAGCGACUCAAUGAGAAACAGAUUACUGCUCUACUGAAAGUGACUUGCCAGCGCCCUCAAGAGCGUGAGCUGGACAUCUUACAGACUGUGCAUCACAAUGCAUAUUAUGAAGAUCCAUACGCACAGGAAUUUGGCAUAAGAAUCGACGAGCGUCUUGCAGCAGUUGAAGCUCGUGUUCUGCCUCCCCCAAGGCUUAAAUACCAUGAUAGUGGGAGAGAGAAGGAUGUCUUGCCAAGAGUUGGCCAAUGGAACAUGAUGAAUAAGAAAAUGGUCAAUGGUGCCAGAGUCAGCAACUGGGCAUGUAUUAAUUUCUCUCGAAAUGUGCAAGAUAGUGCUGCUAGGGUUUUCUCUCACGAGCUCGCUAUCAUGUGCCAAAUAUCUGGAAUGGACUUUGCACUUGAACCUGUCCUACCCCCAGUGACUUCAAGGCCCGAGCAUGUCGAAAGAGCAUUAAAGGCACGCUAUCAAGAUGCGAUGAACAUACUGAGACCACAGGGCAGGGAACUUGACCUGCUGAUUGUAAUAUUGCCAGAUAAUAAUGGUUCUCUCUACGGGGAUCUCAAAAGGAUCUGUGAAACUGAUCUUGGAUUGGUCUCCCAAUGUUGUCUGACUAAACAUGUUUUCAAGAUGAGCAAGCAGUAUCUUGCAAAUGUUGCCCUCAAAAUAAAUGUUAAGGUUGGGGGAAGGAAUACUGUACUUGUAGAUGCUUUGACAAGGAGAAUCCCCCUUGUCAGUGACAGACCAACUAUUAUAUUUGGCGCUGAUGUUACGCAUCCCCACCCUGGAGAAGAUUCCAGUCCUUCCAUUGCAGCUGUUGUUGCUUCUCAAGACUGGCCUGAGGUCACCAAGUAUGCUGGACUAGUGAGUGCCCAAGCCCAUCGCCAAGAGUUGAUACAGGAUCUUUUCAAAGUAUGGCAAGAUCCGCAAAGACGUCCAGUAACUGGGGGCAUGAUCAAGGAACUUCUCAUUUCUUUUAAGAGGGCAACUGGGCAGAAACCCCAGAGGAUCAUAUUCUACAGGUUAUUAUCCUUGCAUGGGCAUAUUUAUUUUAUCAUGAUUCUUAAAAUAUUAACAGUUUUCAAUUUCAGGGACGGUGUCAGCGAAGGACAGUUCUAUCAAGUUUUGUUGUAUGAACUUGAUGCCAUUAGAAAGGCCUGUGCAUCCUUGGAGCCCAAUUACCAGCCUCCAGUUACUUUUGUAGUUGUCCAGAAGCGUCAUCACACUAGGUUGUUUGCUAAUAACCACAAUGAUCAGCGUACUGUUGAUAGAAGUGGAAACAUACUGCCUGGCACUGUGGUUGAUUCAAAGAUUUGCCAUCCUACUGAGUUUGAUUUCUACCUGUGUAGCCAUGCUGGCAUUCAGGGAACAAGCCGCCCUGCCCAUUAUCAUGUCCUUUGGGAUGAGAACAAAUUUACAGCUGAUGAGCUGCAAACUCUCACAAACAACCUGUGCUACACGUACGCUAGGUGCACCCGCUCUGUAUCAAUUGUGCCUCCUGCAUACUAUGCUCAUCUGGCAGCCUUCCGAGCUCGCUUUUACAUGGAGCCAGAUACCUCUGACAGUGGGUCCAUGGCGAGUGCUGCGACGAGCCGUGGCCCUCCACCAGGUGGCGCACGCAGCAGCAGGGCUGCUGGGAAUGUUGCUGUGAGGCCUCUACCUGCUCUCAAGGAAAACGUGAAGCGUGUCAUGUUUUACUGCUAAGAUGUUGGGCUGGUUUCACCAAGGAAUAUCCUGGAGUAUUCCAUGUACCGGCACUAUUUUCGGUGAUACUGUUAACACCGUUAUGCAUUCAGAAACUAUUCCCCUGAUCUGGGGAUUUUAAGUACUUGUACUGCAUCGGUGAUGUUGUGAACUAUUUGUACCGUGUGAAGUGUGAACUAUUUGUGUUUUAACAGACACUUAGGACUGGUAUUGAAUCUAUUGAUGAACCUAUUGCUGUGCCAAAAAUGGCUUGUCUAA